AUGAGCAGGACUCCCUCGGCUGCACACUCGUUAAGCACCGCUCCAGGCUCGACUGCAAGCGGCCCCUCGGUUGCGAGUGACAAGAAGUCCUCUGGUAUCAAGGCCAACGCUUACGCCGUGUCCGACAUUCCAGCCUUCCGUGCGCCGAUCGCCGGCAUCAAUUACGCACAGGCAGCAUCCAAGUCCAAGCCCUCGCCCCCGACUCUGCAGGGCAAGGAUGUACCCGUGAGCGGCACUUUUGGAGGUGCUUCGCCCUUGAUCCCUGCUGCAACAGCCAUGGCCAACGCCGCGGCGACAGGUGCUAGCGCUGCCGUCUCAUCGGCCCCUGCAGGUGGCCAUAUGAGGAACCAGAGCGUCAAGGUCGACGCGAUCAACGUUCCCGCAUCCCGAGUGAAUGCGAUCAGGACCGGUGCUGCUGAUGGUACGUGUACUCCACCUAGGUUGCUUGAAUUGGACAUGGGCUCUUUGGCCACUUUCCUCUCAUAGAAACAAUAUUUGACAGGAGCUGACCACUCAUCGACUUCCCCCACCCCCCCCCCCCCCCCCCCCCCCCCCCGGCAGCGAUUGCAUUCGGCAACGUCAACGACCGAAACGCCGUGCUGUCGUCAUCACCUGCGGCACCCCCUCCGGCUUCGAAUGGCAACCCGAAGACGUUCGGAACCGUCCCCGCGGGAUCUUCUCCUGCCGCAGCUGCUAAAGCGCCCAUCAACCUGCAUUCGUUCUUCACUGGAAGCGGGGCUGCCGCCUCGCCGGCCCCCGCAUCUUCGCCGGCCCCGAGUGGCAAUGAUCGCCGACCGAGCCUGGGCUACGAUGCAUCGCGUCCCCCGCAGAUUUCGAGUCCCUCCACAACACCCCAGCAUUUUUCUCAACUGUCGAGCGCAUCGGCCUCCUUUGCCCCGAGGCAACAAGCACCUCCGUUCAUCCCCGGGCAGCAGCAGCAGCACUCGGCUCGCCUCUCUCAAGGCAGCUUCCCUUCGCCAUCGCUCCAAUUCGCGCACCUGCCCGCAUCCUCCUCAUUCGUCCAACCCGGUUACGGGCCCAAGUCGCCUGCUAUGCACUCCGCAAAUGUCGGCCAGUACAGCCCGGGACCGAGCGGGGGCGCCUCAGCUCAGCGAAACGGAUCUUUCACCGGUGCCUCGAUCGUCGCAGGCAGGCCCAAUGUUCCUGGCAACCGCUCUUUUGGCAACGCCGGCCCGACAAGCCCUCGCAUGCAGAGCUCGAGCCUGCCUUCUCAGCAGGCACCUUAUGGCCAACAGCCUAGUUGGCAGCAACCUGUGGGUUCUGACGCACUUUUCUACUUGCCUGGUGCCCGUAUUCGAUGCAGAUGUUGACGUAACGUACUUUCCUGCUCUGCAGCCGUAUGGACAGCAACAAUAUGGUUAUUACGGCAUGCAGUUCCCGCCACAGAACGCCUAUGCGCCGUCACAGCAAGGUGGACCGAACGUAUCAUCUUCCCUUGCUCCUAAUGGAUCCUCGACCCCUGCCAACAUACGGUCACCCGCGCCAGCAGCUACGGCAACUCCCGGGUUGGCUCCGUCCCCCUCGCCGUCUCAUUCCCACUCUACGACGCCCACGACGCCACACUACUCGGCUUACUCUUCGCCGCAACCUCCUGCCGCCCUUCAACCCCACCACCCCUCGUUCCAUCCCACUCACGCGAGCGCCAGCGGCACGCCCCUUCGCGCCUUGUCGAGUACUGCUCACGCGCCCGAGUUUAAACCGAAUGCCGAUGCCGCUAUCUGGACCCCGCGCAAGAGUGCAGCAAUCCAGAUCCGAGAUCCCAAGAAAGAGGCAGCGGCGGCCGCGGCCGCUGCGACGGCGCCAAAGGCCACCGAGGCUGCGGGUGCGAAGGCUGAUAAGUCUGAAGCGUCUGCGUCAGCGACGACAUCACUGCCCGCGCCUAGACUCGCGAAGGAUGUGACAACACCGGUGGAAGAGAUAGCAAAGAACGAGGUCAAGACCUCGCCUACUGCCGAAGAUAGACCCGAAACGAAGCUCGAAGUCGCAGAAGACGCCAGUGUCAAGGACGAGCCGAAGACGGAACCCGCCUCCGCCGUUACCAAGCCCGAGGUUGCAGUUGCCGUACCAACCGUGAAGAUCGACAAGAAGAAGGACGAGUCUGUGGCCGAGUUUGAGACCAAGUCCGCGAUCGCCGCUGAUGGGAAGGAGGUGAUGCCGAAAGCCGAGGCCCUAGCCCAGGUAGCCGAGGCGAAGUCUGGCGAUGCCGAGAAGAACAACGCUGCUGCCGCGGUUUCUAUCGCCUCUUCGCCUGCGCCGGCAUCACAGUCGGCUCCCGUUCGGGAUGAGAGGGCUUCGGCAAGCCAGGAUCUCGGUGGCGCCCUGGCCAAAGCACGCUUCGCCGAGCAAAUCCAACUUGGCAAUGCAACUCCCGCCUCUGGCGCUCCCGCUCCGUUCGCUAAAGGUGCCGUCGAUACUGUCGACGAAUCGCCGGCCGCAGGUGCCUCCACAGCCGCAUUGUCCGAGGCGCGCAAGAUCGACGAUCUCGCUUCGGUUUCAUAUCCUGAAGACAUCCACUCGCCCAAGGUCGAGCUCAACGCCAACGCUGAAUCGGGUCGCUACCGAUACGAUCGCGAGUUCCUCCUACAGUUCAUGAACGUAUGCACGGAAAAGCCUGAGGCGUUGCCGAAUCUUGAAGCGAUCGGGAUGAUAGAUGCGGGCGCUGAAGCCGGUUCGAGUCGAGGCAACUUCGGAGCUGGCAACCGACGAGCGGCUAUGGGCCCCCCCGCAGUGCCUGGGCGUGGCGCUGGACCAGCAGGCGGAUUUGGCACACGGAGUGCGAGUGUUGGAGGCGUGGGCGCUGGGUUUGGGUCGAUGGGCAGUUUUGGCCAGGCACCCCUCGGUACAAGCGAAGCUCGCUUCGCGCAGUCGUCGAUGCGAGCUGCUAGUGGGGCUUUUGGCGGCGGGCGAGCAGGCAACAUGUCUCGCACGACAAGUCAAAGUGGUCUUCCCGGUGGUGCUUUUGUCCCGGCGGCGCCGUCCCAGACUGGCCGAAUCCGCAGCGAACGAGGCAAGCGCCGCGAAGAGCCCGGACGUGCUGGGGGUGACCGUGGACACGGCGGAGGUGGAAAGCACACGGCUGGUGACGGCUUCGAGAAUGCAACGCUUGCGCCGCGAAGUGAGACUGGCUGGGUACCCACUGUUAUUGGAGGCGCUCCCACGCUCGACGCCAACUCGCCCGAACUGGUGCAGCGCAAGGUCAAGGCCUUGCUCAAUAAACUUACGCUGGAGCGUUUCGAGUCGAUCUCCAAUCAGAUUCUCGAAUGGGCGGACAAGAGUGUCACCGAAACCGACGGCCGCAUCCUCCGACAGGUUAUCGCACUCAUCUUUGAAAAGGCGACCGACGAGGCGAACUGGUCCGAGAUGUACGCCCGGCUGUGUCGCAAAUUGAUGGAGACAGUCUCGAUGAGCAUCAAGGACGAGUCGGUCAAGAGUGCCGAUGGCUCCUUUGUUGUCGGCGGCGCCUUGUUCCGCAAAUAUUUGCUCAACCGGUGCCAGGAGGAUUACGAAUCGGGAUGGAAGCUGAAGGAGACAGCAGCGGCAGCAGCGGCUGGCAAGGCGGCUGAUGACAACGCCAAGAAGGAUUUGAAUGAGCAAGCCGAGAAAGAAGCCAAGGAAAAGGGAGAAUCCGAGCCCUCGAAAGAGGCUGAGCUGCUUUCCGAGGAAUACUAUGCCGCGGCGAAGGCGAAGCGACGAGGACUCGGUCUCGUCCGAUUCAUCGGCGAGUUGUAUCGACUGCAGAUGUUGACGGAACGCAUCAUGCACGAGUGCAUCAAAAAACUUCUGGCCAACACGGACAACCCAGACGAGGAGGAUGUCGAGUCGCUGUGCCGAUUGCUGACGACCGUCGGUAAGCACCUCGACAAUGCGAAGGCGAAGCAACACAUGGACAUCUACUUUCAGAGGAUGCACACGAUUGCCAACAACCCAAAGACACCGUCGCGCAUGCGCUUCAUGAUCCUCGACGUCGCUGAUCUGCGAUCGAAUCACUGGCAACCCCGCCACGACUCCGCCGGCCCCAAGCUCAUCUCCGAAAUUCACUCCGAUGCACAACGGGCCGCCGAGGAGUCGAGCCGAAGAGUGGCAAGCUCAGGCGGCAAGGGUCUCCCCCGGCUCAACGAUCAGCUGUCGCGACCCAACUCACGGCGGGGGCAAGGCCGUGAUGGCAUCGGUGCUCCCGCAGCAGACGGUUGGAGCCAACCCGUUCCUCAACGGCCUGCCAAGGCUGGCGAUCUCAGCGCUUUCGGCAAGACUCGAGAGAAUGUCGCUCCGUUCACGUUUGGCCCUACUGGGGCCUUUGCCGCCAAGGCCAACAAGGCCAAAGAAGCUGCGCGUCCUGCCACACCGAGCAAUCCCUUUGCUCUGCUCAGCGGUGGGGGUUCGGAUUCUGCUGCCGAAGCCUCUACCAGUCAACGACCCAAGCUCAUUUUGGCGCCAAGAACGAAGCCUUUGGAAGGGGAGUUGUCUGCACAAGCCGACGGGACUCAGAGCGAGGACCUUGCCGUAGACGGGGAUGAGCAUGCCGAAGAGAAGGAUGAAGACGAAGAUGAUGGUGCCAUCGAUCCUAACGCUAUCAGCAUGUCCCGGGCAGAAGCGGAGCGACGGUCAGGCAACAGUGUCAAGGAGGUCAGUUUUUCUUCAUGGUUCUGGCUUCUGCGGACACGACUUUGCGUGUUGACCCCCUACUUGCCUCGUCUCCGGUCACAGUUCUUCUCGGUCAAAAAUAUUGCAGAAGGGACAGCAUCGGUCGAAGCCUUGCCAUCAGAGUACCGAGGCAUUCUCAUCGCUGCCUUGGCCGACGCCGCCGUCGACAAGAAAGCCGAUGAUGUCAACAUUACCCGCCAGCUCUUUUCGGAUGUUUCGACCAAAAACAUCGUGCGACAUCAAGUCAUGCUCGACUCGCUUCAGAUACUCGUCACAGGUCUUAUUGACCUAUCGGUCGAUGUCCCCAACAUUUAUACCUUUGCCGUGAGUAUGAAUGCAGCACGAAUGGUGAACAGGUGCCCUCCUCCGAGGUUUCAAGUAGCUGAUUCCCUUUCCUCUUGUUCUUGGGUGAAUUACGCUCUUCACAGGCAUCGUUGCUCAUGGGCGCGCAAGCAACACGGGAAGAGGUCGAGACCAUGGCACAGAGCAUGAUUUCAGAAGAGGACGAUGACGAGGAAGAGUUGGAGCGUGGGCGACAACAACUGUAUGCCGCUUUCGAGAAAGCUUCAGGUGUCUAA